UCAUGGGCUGACUUCAUUCACGUAGCAGCGUUCUCAUUUGAAAUUGUGCCGGCCCGAGCACUUUAGAAAUGACUUGAAGACGUUCAAACAAUGAUUUUGGGUUGCUGAUCAACAACGAAUCAUCCGGGAAGCCUCGAAAAGCAAGCUGUCUUCUGUGUUAUCCCGAAAUGGCCGGCGAGGAAAGGUCUGGAUACUCCAUUAGCACGGAUGCUGAAUCGGCCAGCGUCGAUUUGAAGCCCUCCUUCGCUUCUGUAAAGAAGGAAAGAUCUUACUCGCAAGUCGAUACACGGCAGAAAAAGGGCUGUAUUCCCUUGUUUUUCGAACGUGCUUCUUCACGGUGGUGGAAGCCCUCUUUCGAUUCGAAAAUCUUGGAAGAAGAAUUCCAACGUUUUACCGCUCACAACCAAAGGCGUCUUAUUCACGCUUUGAUGUUCAUUUGCCUCGUGUGCGUCACUUGGGGGAUAUUUUUUGCGGUUUUGUAUUUUGGAGAUAAUACUAAAGCCCCGACAGAUAAAGAAGAACUAAAGAUUUUGAUUAUUGGUGAUGCUUGUUUUCUCGUGUUGGUCAUCGCGCUUAUGCUGUUUACAAAAUUCAGCAGAAUGUACAAGAAAUGUGCCUCCUUGGUUUCGCUGCUCGCUUCUGUGUUAUUAAUCGCCAUGGAACUUUCGCUUUUCGCUUUUCCAACUACUCUGAAGAACCCAGCUCGGUUUUGUAUGUGUACAUGCGCGAUCAUGUUGAUUUAUACGAUGAUCCAUUCUCAUCAUUUGUAUAUCUGUAUUAUGAUGACAGUGGCUUUUUCUGUAGCUCAUGAAGUCCUUUCCGACGUGGUCAUCGAUCCCGAGACCGAGUCCAAGCCCAAGGAAAUCAUCUGUCGCCUGGCCCUCCAUAUGUGUAUUCAUCUUUUUGGGAUACAGAUCUUUUUCAUGGCUCAGGUUCGCGAACGUAGCACUUUCUGGAAGGUUGGCCAAUGCGUGGUCGCGCGUCAGGAGUUGGAAGUGGAAAAACAAAUGAAAGAACAGAUGAUUCGAUCCGUCAUGCCCAACCUCGUCGCGGAGAAACUACUCAGCUUGGACGAAGAAACGGGAGAAGAUGCUAAAGACAACUCCAAUGGUAAAAGGAAGCGGCCAAAGAAAGGCCAGAUGGUUUUCCGGCCUUUUCAGAUGCAUCGUAUGGAAAACGUAAGCAUUCUUUUCGCCGAUAUUGUCGGGUUUACAAAGAUGUCUUCCAACAAGUCUGCGGAGCAGUUAGUGAGGCUUUUGAACGAUCUCUUUGGACGAUUUGAUCGCCUCACGGAAGUCAAUAAUUGUGAGAAAAUCAGCACUCUUGGGGAUUGUUAUUACUGUGUUGCAGGUUGCCCAGAAGCAACACCACAUCACGCCUGCAACUGUGUAGAGAUGGGUCUAGACAUGCUGGAGCAAAUCAAAGAGUUUGAUGCAGACACCAAAAAUGAAGUUGACAUGCGAGUUGGUGUCCAUACAGGAACUGUCCUCUGUGGUAUUGUUGGUACGUUGCGCUUCAAGUUUGAUGUCUGGUCCAAUGAUGUAAAUUUAGCAAAUCGCAUGGAAACGGCCGGCUUGCCUGGCCGUGUCCACAUAACUGAGACGACAUUAAAGUUUCUUGCUGGCCACUACAUUGUUGAGGAUGGGCAUGGCAGCUCACGUUACCAAGGGUUAGAAGGAAUUAAGACAUACUUUAUCGUAGGUCGAAAAAAUGGCAUGAAGAAACCCAUGAAUCUUCUUCAUCCUAGUGGGCGUAAGAAGAAGACAGCAAACCUGAACUCGAUCCACGUCAAUAUGAAUAAGACACAUCACAGUAGCCCCCAAGGAAAUAAGAAACAUGUCAAGAUUUCAGAACAAGUGUCAUCAUCCUAUGCAAUCGUUAACUCUGACUCCAAUAUUUCAAGUCAAGGUGAAUCAAGCUCCGACAGUGGUCCCAAGAUACUCAAGGGUAACCUUAAAAACAAACAAGACGUCAUUGAAAUGGAAUAUUAUAGUUGUUCUGGAGCCUCGGUGAGAUCUGAUGAUGAUGAGGAGGAGUCUAAUGGACGAGUUCCAGUUGACAGGCGUUCUUCACAAAUGAUGGGACUAUCAUUAAAUGAAGCAUUAAUGAGGGACACACUUCGUACCCAGAAUGACCAACAGCUUGUGGAUAUGAUGAGUCAAGAACGGUCUGGGGAUGAGUACUUCUACAGAUCAAUGAACACUUGUACACUUCAGUUUCACAAGAAAGAUCUGGAGAGGAAAUAUCAGAACGAGGGACAAGAUUGCACUUUGCUUAAUCCAUCGGUAACAACAUUUGCAUCUCCAAGAGUUAACUUUUUCAUUGAUGUAGUACUUUCAAACAUUAUUUAUCUCUUCAUUAUGGUUUUGGGCUUUAUUCUCUACCAUCCUGUGCAACUAGCUGUUAUUAUUUUGUCGCCGAUCUCACUACUCAUAGAAGUAACACUGUUCUUUUUGACUGUUGCCCGUGCCUUUCCUUAUCUGUAUUCUGCCUGUGUGAACCGCGUAGUUGGAUGCAUUAGUGGUUGGUUUACCAGCCAUCUGAUUGGAGCACUUCUUCUGUGUCUUCCCAUGGGAACUCUUUUCGCUAAUUUCAUGAACUGCGGAGAGCUUGGUAUAGAUAAUAGCCAAGUGAGGGACUUCUAUUCAUUAAUCUUUGCCAUUGCAUUACUGCAUUUCUGUAACUUCACUCAGCUGACAUCUUGGAUGAAGACAGGUUUGGCUGCUGUGUUUUCAGUUACUUACAUUACUUUGUUGUGUUUUGAUGACUUUUGUGCAUUUCAGACACAACAGGAAACUGAUUCUUUACGUCGACAAAUCAUUGUCUGUAUUGCGUUGUUGUUAGUGUUUGUGUGCAUACUAAACCGACAGUUAGAGAUGAGUGUGCGUCGAAAUUUCAGUGGAGACAUAGAAGCUGCAAAAGACAAACGAAAAUCACAAACUCAUAAAGAGCAAGCUGCUUGGUUGCUUGAAAGUAUCUUUCCCAAGCAUGUCGCUGAUGCAUUGCGGACUUCGAGUCAUUACUCUCGAAAUUAUGAAAAUGUUGGGGUCAUUUUUGCAUCGAUCGUCAACUUUUCAGAUUUUUAUGAGGAGAAUUUCGAGGGUGGCAAAGAAUGUAUUAGAGUACUCAAUGAACUUGUUGGAGACUUUGAUGAUCUUCUUUCGGACAAGGUGCAGUUCAGCCAAGUUGAGAAAAUCAAGACAGUAAAUGGAUCUACUUUCAUGGCAGGAUCAGGGCUUUACCCAGAAGGUGUUGCUAAGAAAGAUGCGCAUCCUUACGACCACUUAAAGCAACUGGUAGAAUUUGCUCUCGGGAUGAUGAAGGUUGUUGACAGGUUCAACGAGCACAUGCUUGGAUUCAAAUUUGUAUUGAGGGUUGGAUUCAAUGCAGGACCACUCACUGCAGGAGUGAUUGGUUCAACAAAGCUGCUUUACGACAUAUGGGGGGACACUGUGAAUAUUGCUAGUAGAAUGGACUCUACGGGGGUGAAAGGUCGAAUUCAAGUCAGUGAGGCCUCUAAGGAACUGCUUGAUGAAUUCUUUACUUUUGAGCGGAGAGGAACAAUCCCUGUCAAAGGAAAGGGUCAUAUUACAACAUACCUCCUUACAGGACGUAGAACGGUAUGUUCUCUCUGUAACAUACUGUAUGUCCUUGAAUAAUAGCCAUCCCUCAAUUAAUCACCUCCCUCAAAUAAUUCCCCCCCCCAGACGAAAAAAUACAAAAUAAUUGCCUUCCCUUGAAUAAUAAAAAUAAUAGUCGCCUCGGGCUAUUAUUCGAGGAAAUACCGUAAGUAAUGAAUAUAUGUGUGAAAUCUAACAUUGCAUGCUCUAAAAUAAAGAAGACAAAUAUCGCCACACAAAAGCACUACUAGGGGUUUCUUUUGAAUGGCCACCUUGUGGGAUUUUGUCCAUGGAGUCUUGCCAUUUCAUGUCUUCAUAGUUUAUCUUGUAGUAAUUGAUAUUAUAGGGCUGAAAGAACUAGAAUACAAAGUGAAAAAGCUCAAGUACAGGAAGUUUUAGGUCAUGCAGUCAAGAAUCAGAAACAAAUCUGAACGUCAGUUGGUAAAUAAACCAUCCCAUAUCAGCCCACACAAAGGUUUACAGUCGUGAUUGAUUAAUACAGUCUAUCAUUUAUUAGAGAAGAAUAAUUAGGGGAGGGUUGGAGGGCUUAAUAGAGAGGGGGAGGGGGCUUAUUUGAGAGGGGAGGCUUAACCCAUUCGCUCCUAGGGAUUUUGCCGAAAAACGCGUUUUGAAGCUAGUCGAGUGGUUUUCUGGUCACUGUCGUGCUAUAAAGAGCUAAAACUUACCACAAACUGGUUUACAGGUCGAACACUUCGCGGCCUUGUGAUCCAGAUGCAAAAUAUCAGCUUGCGAAGUUCGGGCAUGCGCAGAAAGCAAAAUUUUUUGGGUUUAAAAGUGACACAGCAGUCUUGACUUUUACUUUUCGCUUUCUCUCCUCCCUUCUUUUUUCGCUUUUCUUGCCUCAUUUUUUUUUUCUCUUGCUGGGCAUUUAGUAGGCUUCAUUUUGGUGGGAAGAGUUUUUAGCAAAGCUUUUAGGAUCUUAGGAUUAGGUGAAAGGAAAGGUAGGUGGGUAAUGGAACAAGAUUUUCAUGGAGAUUUUCAGGUCCUUGUCACGUGGUUUUUUGCUUCUUUCUCCGGUGUCCUUGACUGAAUUGUGCUCAUUCUGGUAUGGUUUGAAAGAUCUGUUCACUCUGCACAAGUCAGCGAAGAAAGUUGUCUUUGACCGUUCAAACUGAUGACGUCACAAUGGGUAGAAAGGACCUGGAUCCGCACGGGUGGUUACGGGCGGUUCAGGGGCGAAUGGGUUAAUAGAUAUGGUAACACGUUUUUCCCAGAAGGUCAAAUACAAUUGUUACUGUUAAGAACAUCCAUGCUUAAGUCUUAUGAAAGGUCCUGAUGGCAUAGUUUUAUCAUUUUAACUCUUGUUAUAAUGGAUAAUAAGCAUAAUGAUUUAGCACAAAGACUGCAGCAAGAUUUACAUUUUAUGCCCUCUAUUUUUAUCAUUCAGUUUAUCUUUUUAGUUAGGUUAAAGAUGUUUCCUUCCUCAACCACCAGCCAGAGUUAGAAAAAAAACUUCAAUUCAAGCUUGUCCUUUGGGCGAGCAGUUCUGACAUUAUGCUUGCCCAAGGUCACUUCUUGCUCAUCUUAGUAAAUGUUAAUGAUUUUGUCAGAGGUUGACUUUCUUGGACCUCUUGCCAUUGGGCAAGAAAACUUGAAAAGUUACUUGCCCAGGAAGAAAUCCUCUUGUCCCACACUACCAAACGAGGCAUUUUUCAAGCCCUGCUAUCCCAGCCCAGAUUUUCUAUUUAGUUUAUUAAUUCUCAUAACCUUAGCUCUUGAAAAUGUGUGGAUAAUGUUAGGAGAAAUUUUAUGUUGGUCACUAUUGGAACUUAAAGGGUUAAAACAGUUUACAGCGGUGGCAGGAUAACCAGAGAACUAGGUGGCAAGGACCUAAAACCAUCCACAUUUUGUCUUCUAGGAUUCGACAAGUGAAUGUGAAACAGGGAACAGUGAUGGAAUCAGGGUUUGUUUUUUUUCUUAUCAUGUUUGAAACAAUUUGCAUUGUUUGUAGGACAUGGGCUGGGGGAAGGGAGUGGUGGAAUUUGAAACCUGUGAAAACUGAAUCGUUAAGAAAGUUAAGGGCUUGACUCCAGUCAGGAACUUAGCUAUGCUGCCCCUUACUGGUAAUGUUACAAUUUGUUUUGUUAAUGGAAAAUUCCUCCUGAUAACAAGGUGUGUUUGCACAGUUUUUUUACUAUGUAGAACAUGCAGAUCCAUGCGAGGGAAAAUUAGGGUGUGGUUAUCUUAAACUCUUUUCCUGGAUUUUGUCUGCUUUUCCUAAGAUUUACAGUUCAACUGCUGUAACCCCGGGGGAGGGCACUCCCACAUAAUAGUGUUGGGGAUGCUCAUCAGAAAACUUAAAUUAAACCCCGUAGGGAGACCAGAUUAAAAUAAUAAUUAACAUUAAAUUAACCCCCAUGGGUGUGGCUCACACUUAAACUGACUCCUAAAGAAGACCAUACUAGAACAGACAUCAAAAUUAGAGCUAGCGGGUUUUUAUGGUGGUUAAGAUGUUAGCAUAGAAUGGGUUCAUCAGAUAUCUGUGUGGUCAGUGGUAGGGCAUUUUUUUCUGUAAAUUUCUUUUUGCACAGCCCUAAGCAAUACCUGAAUGGGCAAAUAUAGUGACUUUCUGUCACACGCAUUCUAAAUGAGACAAAAAUCUGCAAUUUGCACUCCUAAGCGAGACGAUGAGCAUACCCUCCACUGUUAUAUUUGGUCCUUCCCCUGAGGCUGCAACCAGGACUACUUGAUUGGCUCAAACAAACUUUCUCAGAAUGUAUUGUUAUUUUCCUUUGAUCUGAUUGGUCCUGCAUGUAGUAGUCAUGCCAUAAAUUUUCAGAUCAAUUUAGGUUUCUGGGAAACUGCCCAUCUACCCCUUCUCUCCGCUAACAUCCACAUUUACUUCUCACUUAGGGCAAAAUUUUGGCUUUGGGUAGGGGUAUCCAAAUGUUCCACGUAGUUGUUUUAUUGCUAAUGAGGAUCCUGGUGUUUUUCUUAUCUCAGUAAGAAGGGUAAGACUUCUGUGUCCUAAAAACAGAGGUACUGUUUAUCAAGGACAUAUUGCUUCAUGUGAACAAUAAUAGUGUUGAUGAUUUAACAGGAGCAUGUCCACUUAGUGUUUGUCCUUUACUUUCAAGGAAGAGGAAAACUGGGGUUUAAACAGCAAACUUAACCCAUCACACCACUCCUUAAUUUAUCCUGGGCCACAAGGGUGGGAGUUGACCCUUCCCUCUCCUCCCCCCCCCCCCCCCCCCCCCCCCCAUUCCCACCAAAAAAAUGCAAUUGUCAACAGGCUUUGCCUAAACCCUUUAUUGCAGAAACCAGAGAUGGGAGUGCUCUCCUUACAUGUUUAUUUUUGCUUUUCUUUUUCCAGGAAACAGUCAUCAACACAUGAGGCCAGAGGGGAAAAUACAUUACAGUAAUGUACAUUAUACACAUAUAUAUUGCAAGAUAACCAUAUGAAUUAUAUAAAAGAAUCUUUAGUUGAGAGAACUAGAUAAUACAGCUUGUUAAUACAGCUUUCACAAAGUGUAUAUUUAAAAGCAAAAGAAAUUGAAAGGUUAGAAUUUUAUUAGGAAUUGUAAGAAAAUGCCAUAGUAUUCUAUAGGAGAACUAGGUAAUUAUCUGUUUAAAAAAGUAGAAGGGUACAAUAUAGAACCAUGAAAGAAAUUUAGGAUUAGAUUUGAUAAUAAUUACAAGGUCACUGUGUACCUUUAGGCGCAUGUCCAGUGUAUUAUAAACAGUUGCAUUUUCUUUUCCCUCGCUGAAUUGGCUAGAUAAGAUUUUGAUGAUUCUUUCAUUAUGAUAAUGUGAAUUCUUGUAGUACCUUCAUUGAUUUUCACAUGGUGAAUGACACCAGUUUUCCCCAGUUUCAAGCCACUAGAUGCCUUAUUUUUUGUAUAUAAUUCAUGACUCCCGCGUAGUGCAGAGCUGCAAAUAAGAGUUUCUCAUGGGACUAUGCCUGACUAAAAAUUGGAUUUCGUAGAUGUCUGUGGAAAUCCUACCUGUGGUCUGGCAUGAGGACUGGACAGAUCAAAUACUAAAGACUAUCAAUUUGAAGCUGAAGGUUUGCUUAGUACUUGUCCCAGAAAAAGUCAAUAUACUGUAUACCUGACAAAGUUUUUGGGUUAUCCAGUCCAAAUUGUGACCUGGUUGGUUUGUCCUUUUAACAGAAUAUUAUUUGCAGGCCUGUGGUGUCACAAAACACAUUUUUGAUUGUUAAACAUUAUCAGAAUAAGCAUUUUAGUGGAUUAUUUGGUUAUUUUCUAUGGUUACAUGUCAAGUAAAUGAUCAAAGAUAGCUUUUUGCAUUUGUUGAACAACAUCAUGGUAGCUAUUCAGCUGAAAAGGGUUUAGUUCUAAAUAUCUGUCCUUAACGCCAGAAGUCGUAGUGAUCCACCCUAAUCAUUUUACAAGGCCUUCAGUAAUCUCAUAGGACCCCCCAGUCUGAUUUUCAUGCCUAAAAGACCUAAAACCUGUAUGUGAGAUUGUCCUUUAUUAAGCAUUAAGCUGAAUGUUAUUUUCAAGUUGCAGUUUUAAAGUUGUUGUUGACUAGUCUCUUGCUUGCAGCACAGCAGUAUUUAUUUGGCGUUUGCUAUGUACCAUUUUGUACCUGUGUAUAUUUCUAUUUGAUUCUGUUGCUCUGAAGAAAACUGCCUGAAAUCAACUCUAAGUUUAUCCAGACUUUGAGAGUAAUGUAAUGUUAUCAUUUCUCACGUACAACUGGGAGCAAAGAUAAGACUUAUUGCUUACCCUGACCAACACAAAGUCCUACAGCAAUAAUAUAAGCAACUAAGGAACAAUGUUAAAAAAUAACACCAAAAAAAAAAAACAGCAAAGCAAGGCUCAUUCUCGAUACAUCGAAUGAAGGUAACUUCUUGUGUCGCACUUGUAGGGAAGGACUGUAGGAUCAGUAAAUAGAGAGCUUAUGCAAGCAUUAUGAGGAUGAAAAAACAUUCUUUAUGAUCAAAACUAUUCUGUUUCAUGUGCACAUAUUGAAUGUUUUGGUACAUUUCAUUGCCAUAGCUACAAAGUGAAACUUACGAAUGCAAUGUUUUAUAUAACUCACAAUGACAACCAACCUUGCAUUUUUGCUGGCAUUACCAUCUUGUUCCUUAAAAUCUCUAAUGUGUAAUGAACAGUACCAAAGAAAACAGGGAACUUCGGCCACCAGGGGGUUGAGGGGAAACAUACACUAGCGCUCAGAUUCCGAUAUAAAUGUGAGAAAAAGUUUUUUGCUUUGGCAUUCUUCAUCCAGUAGAUAACUGUAAAUACAAGUCCAAACAAGAUUGAAACUUGCUGACACUCUUGUCCACUUCAUACAGUGUUCACCGAUUACACCUUUAUGUGCAAUUUAUUGUUAUUCUGAAAUGAUAAACUACUGAGUGCUUUGCCUGUACAGGUUGGCUCAUUGAUGGGUACACAUGUCCCUAGUUUGAAUUUGGAUAUCUGUUAUUUUGUGUAUUUGAAGGAGAAGCUACAUCAGGGUUGUCAGAAAGUUUUUAAGUAGACGGCUGAGUUGUCAAAGUAAGCGGCCAGUCCAGGGAUAAGUUAUUUUAAAAACUCCAUCCAUAAAGAAAUGCUAAGCAGAGAAACCAGCUGAUACUAACCAAGUAGGCGACAUCCCUGUCAUUAUUGUAUUGCUCUUUUAUUUUGUUGCUGUCUCAGUCUGACUGAGCUCACUAUUGAGUUUUUGUUGCUAUUCCAUCUGUCAUGAGUCGCUGUUUCAAGGCCGCUUGAAAGUUUACCUUAACAGGGCUGCAGUAUUUCUCAGUGUCUUAAGAAUUUAAUUUGCUUGCUCAUUGAUGGCUGUCUUUCAUUUGUAAAUUUGUUUUGUUUUUUUGACAAAAUAAUAUGAUCCUCAAAACUUUUAUUAUGACUUUAAAAAUCUGCAGAUGCGUUUUACUCUGUCACCUCAAAAUGCAAAUAACUGUACCCUGCUAGCAGAGUUGCUUCAAUUUUCCUAGAUUAGUCAGGAAAGAGGAAGUUCAUUUGAAAACAAUUUAUUGAAGUGUCUCUGCUAGCAGGGUAAAAUGCACAUUGUAGAAAAAGUGACUUGCUCCAGUGGAAUUAAGAUUUGGAAUUGUUGGGAAGAUGAAAAAAGAAAUUGACAAAUUUUGAGUACUCACUGACAGCAAGCAUGCAGUGACUUAAAACUAAGGCCAUUGCAAUAACAAAAUAAUAAAUGUUUUAGUGCCAUUUUAAUAAUAUUGAACCAUUGUAUUAAUAUUAAUUGAAAUCUGGGAAAUAUGCAAUUUGUCAAUAACAUUGUUAAAUAGGAGGUGUAUAAAACAAAGCUCAGGGCUCACAUUUAUUGAGUUUUCUGAAAUUUCUCACUGUUGAGAAAAGCAAUUCAGCAAUAAGGUUAACUCUUGUUAACGUCAAUUGAGAAUAUUCCAUAUUUAAUUUGAUAGAAUCCUGAACAAUAAAUAAUGCUAUGCAAUCAUUUUUAUUUGAAUGGACACAUCAUAGGAUUUCAGCCGGACUCAAAAGAUAUUAUUACCACAUGACGUAAGUGUCUAUAAAUAACUAUAGAAUGAAAGAGUUAACAAUGGAUUAUCUUUUCUCAGAUAGAAAAGCUAGAAUUACAUUCAUUAUGAAACUUAAACAAGUUAAUUAAAGUACUGUUCAGUACAUUUCUUCUCGUGAAGAUAGUUGCAAUUAGCUUUGGUUUAGAGUUAGGAUAUCAGACAAACAAAUGUAUUGGUCAAGUCAUUCAUUCUGGUUUUCAUUUACAGACUUCGAGGUUAGAACUACAGUGUGCCGUAUUUUCAAUGUUACCAUGGAAAUGUUAUGAGCUUUCCUUUGAAUGGUCACACUAGAAUGUCAUGUAAGCGUAUCUAGUCACUGUUCCAUGGUUACAUUGCAAGUCAGAUUGUUGCAUGUUGUUGUGACCUUGUUUCAUAAAAUUUAUAGCCUGUUCAUUCACAUUAACAUUGUCGGAGAGCCUAAGGGACAAGACCCCAAAGCAUUAUGGGAAGUUUCAUUAAGAAAUUUCCAACCUCUGCACAAUUCUACAAUCAAAAAAACAUCGAAGAUUAACUCUUGUGAGGUUUCAUACCAUGCCUCUAUUGCACUGACAACUGUGAAGUUAUGAGCAGUUUUUGAGGGAUUGAAAGCUACCCACAUGACCUUGCAGUCUUGUUGUGUAGCUGUGAGGCCUUAAAGUCUGACAAUGUUAAUUAAAAUAGCUGUCAUAGGAAUACUGUCUCCUACCAGUUAUUUAUAUCAACUGCCAUGGAACUUUAAUCUGACUUGGUGUUAAGUGACCUGAUGUUAACUUAUCCAGGCAAUUUGCUGAAUACAAGAAAUUCAAUAAAUAUGACCAUUAUAACAGCAAGCAAACCCCUGUAACCUUUUGAUAAAACUUGAUCAGUUUUAAAGAAAAUUCUAAAAUGAAAGAGAUGGAUUGUGUUGAAAGCUUUAUACAAUUUUCUUGUUCCUAACUAGUCACAAUUAUGGCACUUUCCAUCACUCCUUGCACUAUUUCAGAGUACACAAGCCUGCGGUCUUGGUCAGUGAAGCGUGCAAAAAACUGCGGAGGAGAGAGGAUGAGUGCCUGUAAGCAUCUUUUUAGAAUACCUUGGUCCACCCACUACCCUGCCCCACUUCCAGAAAAACUGUCUUGUGUCAAACCGUGUGUUUGUCGGACUCUUUGCGCACAGCAAAGUGAUUGAUUCAAGUGUUUAAGUUAACUGUCAAGGUUGACUAAUCAAAGGGUAUACCGGGCGCUAUUACACCGGAAUGAGGUAUUGAAAACCAUGCUUACAGGUGCCACUUCUCCAUCUGUCCCCAGCCCCCACACGGCUUCUCUGCAACUUUUUCUGAACCACUUUCCCUACUAAGAAACCUAAGAGCAGCCAAUUGGGUGCUGGGAUAUUUAAUUGUGGGUUUUGAAUACAAGUAGGAAAGGAGAGAUCUGGGGCAUUAGUCUGAUUCUCAGACGGCUGGAAUCCAUGACCCUGCAGGUCGCUCUCAGUUACUCGGCCACUUGGAACCUGGAUCCUCUGAGAAUCAGGCUACUUGGCAGUUAUUUCAUGAGGGAUAUGAAAUGCUGCUUCUCAUUGGUCAGUUUCUGUCAAUCAGAAGAGGUAUAUUGCCAAGGUUUUCGGAAUCAGGCAUUUGGCUGGGAUUCGAUUUGCAGGGCUCACAUUAUCAUUGCCUACUCCCAAGAUCUUACAGUCGGCCACUUCUUCGAUUUCUUAAAAUAUCUUGACUGGAGGGAGAGAGAAAGACAAACUUAG